UUGUUUUUUUUUGCUCGCGAAAUAAGGAUUCCGGCUGAAAAAUUAACUAAUUUAAUUAAAAGCCCAUGCACGUGCAAAGUGUUGGAAGCAUGAAAUAGCCAGGAACACGGCACACAAACACCCAAACAUCCAGACACCCAAUUUUGAGCAAAAAAAGGAGAUAUGCCGCUGCUCCGCAACGCCAACUGGAAGUGGUGGAGCCUCCUCCUCGGUGCUCUGGUCUUGCUGCUGCUGGGACUGAGGAGUGCCGAUGGCUUGUCCUCGCGCGUCCUGGAGCUGAGCGAUCGCUUCAUCGAUGUGCGCCACGAAGGCCAGUGGCUGGUGAUGUUCUAUGCGCCGUGGUGCGGCUACUGCAAGAAGACGGAGCCGAUCUUUGGGCUGGUGGCACAGGCGCUGCACGCCACCAACGUGCGGGUGGGGAAGCUCGACUGCACCAAGUACCCAGCGUCGGCGCGAGAGUUCAAGGUGCGCGGCUAUCCCACGAUAAUGUUCAUCAAGGGCAACAUGGAGUUCACCUACAACGGGGACCGGAGUCGCGACGAGCUGGUGGACUAUGCCCUGCGUAUGUCCGGGCCGCCGGUGCAGCUGGUGACGCGCACAGAGAGCGUCGACAUGCUCAAGGGGUCGCACACGAUCUUCUUCAUGUUCGUGGGCCAGCAGGAGGGCGUCGUCUGGGACACGUACUACGCGGCAGCGGAGGGCUACCAGGAGCACGGCUUCUUCUACGCCACCAGCGAGGACAUUGCCGCGCAGCACUUUGACUUCGAGAAGCUGCCGGCGGUGAUCGUCUACAAGGAGGAGCACCACCACUUCUACCCCCACGGCCAUGUGGCCCACGAGAUGGACCCGAACGAGGUGAACGAGACCAUCUUCCAGUGGGUGAACGUGGAGCGCUUCACGCUCUUCCCCAAGGUCACGCGCUUCAACAUCCACCAGCUGCUGAAGACCCAGAAGUACCUGGUCCUGGCCGUUGUCCAGGAGGACAAGCUCAGCCAGAUAGCCACUCACGAGCUGGAGUUUCGCGACAUGGUCGAGGGUGUCAUCCGGAAGCAUCGGCCGCGCUAUCACAAUAAGUUUCAAUUUGGCUGGAUUGGGGAACCCUCCAUUGCGCAUUCCAUCAUCCUGGAUCAGCUGCCCACGCCGCAUCUGAUAGCCAUCAACUCGAGCACCCAGCACCACUUCAUACCCGACGAUGAUCCCAUGCAGAUGACGCCUCAGGCUCUGCACCUCUUCCUGGAGUCCAUCAGCAACGAGAGCGCCGUCGCGUAUGGCGGCGACACCUACUUUGUGCGCUGCAAUCGGGCAAUCUUCGAGCUGAAGCGUUCCCUCAAGGACAUGUGGAAGGGGAAUCCCGUGCUGACGACCGUCAUCUUUGGCCUCCCGCUGGGCUUCCUGCUGCUCAUCAUGUACUCGAUAUUCUGCGGCGAUUGCCUCGUCACCGAGGAGGAGCAGGACGAGGAUCACGAGAAGAAGGAGUAGUCUCUCGAUCCCGCACUCCGCAUAGAGCAAUUUUUCUACUCCGUUCGUUGUAAGCCAAAUCUAGUCCUAUGUUUAGAGAACCUCAUUCAUCCCAUCCCCCAUCCGCUUGCGAGAUGUUUGC